AGUCCCCAAACAGCUGCAUCUCAGAGCAUGGCUUGAUAAAAUGGCCUUGACAUCGUGGAAAGCAUUUCGAUUCUUCGAUGUUGCACCAAUCAAGCUCAACGAUGCCGACAAGUCAAUACUAGAGCAAGGCAAUGUCAGCUGUAUUACUGCCAGUGCCGACCAAGUCUUUGUCGGCUCGCCAGACGGCACACUUCGCCUGUUGAAUCAGUCCUUCAAGACGGUACAAUCAUGGAGAGCCCACGAUUCCGGCGCAUUAACGACCAUCCGCCAUAUACCACACUCAUCGCUACUCAUCACCCUCGCCGAAGACCUACCCAAUGAGCCCGUACUGAAGGUCUGGGCAUUGGACCGUCCUGAUAAAAAGACAGGCAUACCGCGUUGCCUCUGCACAGUCGCAGUCACAAAUGGCAGGAAGCCCUUUCCCGUCUCGGCUUUCGCUGUCUUGCGCGAUCUGUCCCAGGUCGCGGUUGGCUUCGCAAAUGGUGCCGUCACUGUAGUACGCGGCGAUUUCAUACACGAUCGAGGAACGAAGCAACGAACUGUACUCGAGACAGACGAGCCGAUCACUGGUCUGGAAUUCAGAGAAGCCAAUGUCACUACACUGUUCAUCUCCACUACAAGCAGGAUUUCAACCCUCGUCAUUUCUGGCAAGGGUCAAGGUCAACCCGCGCGAACUCUGGAUGAACAUGGCUGCGCCGUUGGCUGUCUGACCAAGGACUUGCAUUCGAACGACAUUAUUGUUGCGCGGGACGAUGCUGUAUACGCAUACAACCCGCGAGGCAGAGUCGCUUCAUAUGCCUAUGAGGGUCCGAAGAAGCUCACAGCCAUGUACAAGGAUUAUGUUCUGUUGGUCUCACCACCAAAGAGCAUGACAAACGCCCCCGCAAGGUCGUUCGGCGGUGGUCAGGCAGAUGAUCUAUUCAGCACCUCUAACUUUACGAUUUUGAACCCUGAUCUGAAGCUCAUUGCGCAUACGGAAGCUCUGCCUAGUCAGGUGAACGCCUUGUUCUCUGCUUGGGGUCAAAUCUACAUCGUCACGUUAGACGGUAAAGUCCUGCGUUACACUGAGAAGACCUUCCAGCAGAAGCUCGAAGUCUUGUAUCAGCGUGAAUUCUUCGUUUUGGCUAUCAACCUAGCGCAAAAGGAGAAGGUCGAUGCCGUUCAGCAAAAUCUCAUCUUCCGCAAAUAUGGCGACUACCUCUACCGCAAGGGCGAUUUUGACACCGCCAUGCAACAAUACCUUCGCGCUAUCGACAACACCGAACCCUCACAAAUCAUUCGCAAGUUCCUUGACAAUCAGAGGAUACGCAAUCUCAUAGAGUACCUGGAGGAAUUGCACGAACAUCACAAGGCUUCUUCAGAUCAUACGACACUACUGCUGAAUUGCUAUGCUAAGCUGAAAGACGUCGACAAGCUGGAAGAUUUCAUCAAGUCACCGGGUGAUCUCAAAUUCGAUCUCGACACUGCCAUCACAAUGUGCCGACAAGGGGGCUACUCAGAUCAGGCAGCGUUCCUGGCCAGAAAACACAACGAGCACGGUCUUGUCGUUGAUAUCUUGAUAGAGGACCUCAAGAGAUAUGAAGAAGCCUUGGCGUACAUCUGGCGUCUGGAACCGGAGCAAGCAUACGACAGUCUCACAAAGUACGGUACAGUAUUGCUUGAACACUCGGAGGAUACAAACCAGUUGUUCAUCGACUACUUUACUGGCAACUUCCGUCCUAAGAAGGAUGCUGUAGUAGAACAAGAAGUCACAACUGAGCAACAACAAGGAGGCAUCGGUAAGAUGGCCACUUCGGCGGUGCAAAACCUGGCUGCUCUGAUCCCGUUGCCAUAUAUGAGCGCGGACGUACCAAGAACACCAGGCGGCACCAAGACGACGCAACAAGUGAUCGAAACGACAGUUGAGGAUGAAUACGUUGAGUACAAGGUGCCGAAGCCUAGAGCAGCAUUUUCGUCGUUCGUCGACCAUCCGGACGAGUUUAUCCUCUUCCUUGAGGCCUGUAUUGCCAGUUCCGGACUGCAAGAAGAAGAUAAGACGGACCUGUACACGACAUUGUUUGAGAUGUACCUUCAAAUCGCUAGCAAAAAGACUGGCGACGACAAGACAAAGUGGGAAAGCAAGGCGAGGAAGCUCGUGGAAGAACAAAACACACGCAUGGGCACUUCCAACAUCCUACUACUAUCACACUUGUCAAACUUCAGAGACGGCACCACACUCGUAAGAGAGCAGCGUGGCCUCUACUUCGAUAUUUUUCGCUCCUACACAGCCGCAAACGACACCGCUGGCGCGAUAAAGGCUCUGCGCAAAUACGGCCCUGAGGAACCCCAAUUAUACCCAGCCGCCCUGGCCUACUUCACCUCGACCGAAGAAAUUCUUUCCGAAGCCUCAUCCGAACUCGACAGCGUGCUCAAGAAGAUCGACGAUGACGGCCUCAUGGCUCCUCUUCAAGUAAUCCAAACACUUUCGCAGAGCAAAGUCGCCACCAUGGGAUUGGUAAAAACAUACCUCUCUCGCACUAUCGAGCGCGAACGUGCCGAGAUUGCAUCGAACCGCAAACUCAUCUCUUCCUACCGUACCGACACAGCUGCCAAAGCGAAUGAAUUGGAAACUCUGGCAUCGAAGCCUGUUUCAUUUUCCGCUACACGCUGUUCUGCCUGUGGUGCACCGCUUGACCUGCCCACCGUGCACUUCCUCUGCAAACACUCUUUCCACGAACGCUGUUUGUACGUCGGCGCAGGCGACGAGGAUAGUGAUGUCGAGUGCCCCAAGUGCGCGAACGAUAAUGCUACGGUCAAGGCUAUCAAGCGUGCGCAAGAGGAGAGCGCUGAUAGGCAUGAAUUGUUCAUGGAUGCGCUUGGCAGGAGUAGGGAUAAGUUCGCUACGGUUAGUGAGUGGUUUGGUAGAGGUGUUAUGGGGAAGGCUACGGGUGUUGAGUAGUGUUGAGUAGAUGUGUUGAUACCAUAAGGAGAUGUUGUUUUGUUUUAAUCGAGGAAAGUGAGCCACUUUUGAGAGGGUACUUGCCAACAAGAUGUAAUUGUGAUGGAUCGUCUAUUCACACGCAUCGAUCAAGCAAAGUCUAAUGGCAUCGACAACACGACGCUUCACCGAUCUCGUCUUCAUUGCAUGCAUACCUAACCCUCUUUCGAACGGACCAGUCGAACCCGCAUCUCCACUAAUACCACCCUCACCACCAUCAACCUCCAACAAAGUAGUCGUGGCAGCAAUCUUAGCCCCAUCUUGACUCCCUCCCAUCCCAGAACCCUCAAUUAAUGUACGGUGAUAUUCCCAGAAAGAGGCAGCAUUUGUCCUUGACUGAACGUACCUAAGAAUUACCAGC